AUGAAUCGACAGCCCACUGCAUCGGGCAGCUUCUACUGCGGCUGUGGUGUGUCAUCGCAACGAAGGCCCUCGCUAUACAGCAAGGUCGCAAGUCAGAACGCUAUCCAAACUGUACCAUCGCACACCGUGGCCGGUCCAAACACGAUGAACGGCCAAUCAACACAGGGACCAGUAUACCAGGAUCCUGAAUAUCAAUCCAUGAACCCACGGUAUGGCAAAGAUAACGAAAAGCCAGUCUGGGGGCUAGCGAAGCCCCUACCUCGCGUUGUGCGACCAGGGAUGCGCCGCAAUGAAACUACUGACCAGAAAUCGUACAACACGAAUCCUCGGGGUGAGGCAGAGCCGGCUCCUGAGCUCGGCGCCACGCCUGGUCUGGCUAACUCGCGCUCCAAUGCUACCGAUCGCCGCACUGCACCGCCGCCUCCCCAACAUCCCCCGACUUACGCAUCUGCUGCUCAGGAGGGCUUACCGCAAGAGUACGCCGUAUACGAAGCCCAGCCCGAUGGACUCUUGCGUCCGAUGGAAAACGAAGUUGAAGAUGGUUCUCGCACUACCCAGGAGGAAAACAUGGUCCAGCCGCCUAGAGAGGAGUUUUUAAAUCAAUGGGUGAGGGUUCGACAUCUACUGAAAGAACCUUUUGCCGAAUGGCUUGCUACAACAAUCGCCCUUCUCAUCGGUCUCUGCGGAACCCUUGCCGUCUCAACGGGCGGAACAAGCGCCGGAACCAUAUUAUCAAAAAACUGGGCCUGGGGCCUUGGAUCUAUGGUCGGCAUCUACCUUGCUGGUGGUGUGUCCGGUGCGCAUCUUAACCCAGGCAUCUCUAUCGCACUUUGGGUCUUCCGUGGUUUUCCUGGACGACGGUGCUGUUACUAUAUAGUCGCUCAGUUGCUUGGUGGGCUCACUGCUGCGGGGUUGGCGUACUGCAUCUAUCGAGAUUCCAUUGUCGCUUUCGCGCCGACCGUGUCGGCUGGUAGCUCUGGGCUUGGGUUUUAUACCGAGCCUUUGAGCCAUGUUAGCUCUGUGACGGCAUUCUUUACUGAGUUCAUUGCCGAUGCGAUUCUUCUUUGUGUAGUCUUUGCGAUGGGUGAUGAUAGCAAUGCUCCGCCUGGUGCGGGUAUGCAUUCAUUUGUCAUCGGUUUGGUGAUUUAUGUAAUAUGCAUUGGCUUGGGCUUUAAUACUGGAGGGUGUCUGAAUCCAGUGCGAGACUUUGGCCCACGGAUUGUCGCUCUCCUAGCUGGCUAUGGAGUCGAAACAUUCACUGCUCGCAGUGGCUGGUGGUUCUGGGGCGGCUGGGUAGCUACAAUUACUGGCUGUCUUGUGGGCGCCACACUUUACGAUACCUUCAUUUUCAUUGGUGGUGAAUCUCCUAUCAACUACGCGCCGAGACGAAGAAGACGAGCUAAGCUGAAGAAAGAAUCCAAAUGGAGGAAGAGACUUGGUAUUGGGAAAGAAAAACUGCCUUCUCUGGAAGAGGGUAUCAAAAAACUGGAAGAUUAG